UCAAAAUAUUUCCGAUAUAUUUCACCAACUCACCAAUAUAGUUAGAAAGAAGAGAAAGAAGAGGAAGAAAAGUGCCGCCGCAUCGAUGAGUUCCAUUUGGCUGCAGAGAAUGGCAAGACUCGUAUGCAUCAUGUCGUCUCAUGGAUCUGCUGCGUAGACUCCACCCAAGGCCAUGUGCAAGGUCGUGACGGAUGGCAACAUGGCUGAGUUGCGCAAGCUGUUGCUGGACUGCGACGUCAACGCCGCGUCCGAACCCGACAGCAAGUACUCCGGCAAGUCCCCGCUGCACAUCGUGUGCGAAUCCGGCCGUUUGAACGUUGCCCAACUGCUCCUCGCUCAACCGACCGUCGACGUCAACGUGCGCACCCCGUACGACGAAACUCCAUUGUUAUUUGCAUGCCAGGCCCGACAUGUUGACAUCGUUCGGCUGUUGCUCGCCCGCCCCGAGACAAACGUCAACUGCUCCAACGGCAAUCAAUGGACGCCGCUGCAUUCCGCAUGUGAGAAUGGCUUCGCCGACAUCGUCCAGUUGCUGAUGUCGCGGCCGGAACUCGACGUCACGGGGAUUUCGUGGCGACGCACGCCACUGCACCUGGCAUGCCAGCAAGGACAUGUGGACGUUGUCCGCCUCCUUCUCUCACAUCCCCUCGUGUCAUAUCACGUCGAGUCGGCCAAGGUAGCGAAUGCCACCCCCGUGCACUUGGCCGUCAAGCGGCAACACACUGUCGUCGUCCAAGCCUUGGUCUUGCAUGCGUUGGCGGCAUUGAUAUCGGACUCCGUGGCAGUGGCGGCAUCGGCGACCCAGUUCUUGGCCGCAUUUCUCGCGCCCGAGUUUCCUCUGGACAUCACCGCGCGCGCCGACGUCAUCCAAGCCGUCUGGGCCGCCCAUGAAGAUGCCGCCGAGCGUCGGACGAUGCGCAACCGCCUCUUGGAGCAAUCUCCCGCCCAACCCCACGACGUAUUGAGCCGAGUCGUGUGGUAGGAGUGUGUCGUGCAGGAAAAUGUCGAGAUUUACGCUUAAUAACGUUAUCGAAACCAAGUGAUUUUACACUCGGCGAGGUUUGCU